ACCCACCCUUUCCGCCAAAUCAAAAAGCUUACUAUGAUUAUUUGAAUUUUUUGAAUUCUUUGUGGUCGUCACAACUGACAGAUGAAUCUGACAAUUUGGAUUCUUUAAUAAAUGAGGAUGCUUCUCAAG